CACCAUUGACCAACGCGCGGGGGGGAUCCGGAGGUCGCCGGUUCGAGUCCCGGUCCGGCCGCAUCGCGUUGGUUCAAUAGGGAGGGUCUAUCGCGAUAGAGGGGGGGUCCUAUCGUGACCCCCCCCCCGAUAUGGCUCGCGAUAAGGAGAAGCGGAGCUGCGGGCAGGUAUGGGCUGAAUGGAAGGCGUUUGUAUGGGACCCCCGCACCCGGCAGCUGCUGGGGAGGACUGCGAGCAGCUGGGGCCUGAUCCUGCUCUUCUACCUGGUGUUCUAUGGGUUCCUGGCCGGGCUCUUUGCUCUCACCAUGUGGGUCAUGCUCCAGAGUGUGGAUCCCCAUGUACCCAAGUACCAGGACCGGCUCCUUACCCCCGGGAUGAUGAUCCGACCCUAUGCCGAGGGCCUCGAUGUCACCUUCAAUGUCAGCCAGAGACACACCUGGAUGCCCUAUGUCCAUGCCCUGCACCAGUUCCUGGAGCCCUACAACGACAGCCUCCAGGCUGCCCGCAACGCUGCCUGCACCCCCGGCCGGUACCACGAGCAGCCGGAUGAUGGGGUCCCCAACGUGCCCAAACGCGCCUGUCGCUUUAACCGCAGCUCAUUGGGGCCUUGUGCGGGGCUGGGGCCGCCCCAUAGCGAGACCUAUGGCUAUGGAACCGGCCAGCCCUGCGUGCUGGUCAAGAUCAACAGGGUCAUCAACUACUUCCCUGGGGCGAACAAGAGCAUCAACGUGGUCUGUGCAGCAAAGGACGAGGAAGACGCUGCCCUCCUGGGCCCCCUUCAUCUCUUCCCCCCCAACGGCUCCAUUGACCUCAUGUACUUCCCCUACUACGGCAAGAGGGUGCAUGUGAACUACACGCAGCCGGUGGUCGCGGUGCAGUUCGCCAACGCCACCGCUGGGGUGCAGCAUCACGUGGAGUGCCGCCUGCGCGCACUGGGCAUGCGCGGGGAGGGGGCGGAGCCUCAGCGGGACCGCUUCGCGGGGAGGGUGGAGUUCAGACUGAGGCUGCACCGGGAGUGAGGGAGCCAAUGGGGAUACUGGG